AUGGUACCAGGAAACCAAACACAAUUCACUGAAUUCAUCCUCUUGGGAUUUUCUGAAAAGGCAGAUGAGCAGGGGCCCCUCUUUGGACUAUUCUUGGCCAUGUAUUUGGUCACAGUGCUUGGAAACCUACUCAUAAUGCUGGCCAUUGGCUCUGACUCUCAUCUUCACACCCCCAUGUACUUCUUCCUUUUCAACUUGUCCUUUGUAGAUAUCUGCGUGGUAACCACCACAGUCCCCAAGAUGCUGGUGAGCAUCUUCACGCAGAACAAGGCCAUUUUCUAUGUGGACUGUCUUGCCCAGAUGUACUCCUUUAUGUUUUUCAUUGCUUUGGACAAUUUCCUUCUCACUGCAAUGGCCUAUGACCGAUUUGUGGCUAUCUGUCAUCCUCUACACUAUACAGCCAUCAUGAAUGCUCAGCUCUGUGGCCUGCUAGUGUUGAUCUCCUGGAUUAUAAGCUUUCUGAACUCCCUUCUUCACAGCCUGAUGGUAACACUUCUCCCCUUCUGUUCAGACCAUGAAAUUCAACAUUUCUUUUGUGAUCUUGCUGAGGUUCUGAAACUCUCUUGUUCUGACACUCUCCUCAAUUAUGUCUUGCUAUAUCUUGUUACUGGACUGCUGGGUUUUCUCCCUUUCACAGGGAUCCUUUUCUCUUACAGUAAGAUCUGUUCUUCCAUUUUGAAAAUCCCAUCUGCUCAGGGUAAGUAUAAAGCCUUUUCUACCUGUGGGUCUCACCUCUCUGUUGUUUCCUUAUUCUAUGGCACAGGACUUGGAGUACAUUUGAGCUCCUUAGCUACCCACUCUUCCUGGAAAAGCACUGUUGCUUCAGCAAUGUAUGCUGUAGUCACCCCCAUGUUGAACCCCUUCAUCUAUACACUAAGGAAUAAAGACAUAAAAGGUGCCCUUAGGAGGCUCAUUAGCAGAAUAGCCUCCUCUCAAUGA